AUGUCCGCUCUUCGAAUCGUCCAGUUUAAUGAGCCACAGGACUUCAUAGAGGCUGCUUCGCAGUACGACACUUAUUCCAUGAAUUUUACCCUCGGUUCCCUCCUUGACUAUACCGACUCUAUCCAAGCGGCAACACAAACGCACAGGGACCGGCCAACUAAGGUCCUGCUAGCAGUGUAUAGAGGGAACGAAUUAUUACUAUCUCUCACAAAGCAUGCAGAGGCUUUCGCGUGGAUGAUGGCAAGCCCCAGUCACGUAGAUACUUCAUGCGCGCAAGAUGGUGCCGACUUACUCCUAGCAGCACAGAUGCUUGCAAACUAUCUCUCCAGCAUCACUGACCCCAAUCUUGUCGAUAAGGUUAUUGGCCCAGAAUUGGCAGUGGAUACCUUCAUCAAGGCUUGGGUAGCCCAUAUGCAGUCCAAGGGCGUGCAUCUCACAGCAUUAGAACCGAGCGUCAAAGGCUGGGUUUUAUGCGCCACACGUGCAUCGCUACCUCCUUGGUCCACGCCGUCUUCUCAUAAUCAAGUGUCGUUGGCAUCGAGCCAAGAAGACAUAGCGGCACUUGCACCUUUGUACGUCGAAUUCUCCAGGAAUGGCACCCAUCCUCAGACGCUCGAAGUUGCGCAAAAUGUUAUACGCGAGGCCGUGGAUAAGGGAAAAGUAUGGGCGUACCGUUCGGGUGACGCGGUCGCAGGCUAUAUCCUCGUGGGCCGAGUUACACCACGCACAGUGGCAAUUCGGAACGUAUUCGUAUUGCCGGAUCACCGGCGCAAAGGAAUCGCGGAAACUAUGGUGCAUACAGUGACGCGCUAUUAUUUGGGAGUUGCGCCUUCGACUCACAAAGGGAAUUCUUCAACUGCACCAAAAGAAGGCAUUAAAGAGGAGAUUUGUCUAAAUGUGAGCGAUCCCGCGGCGAUGAAGAUCUACAAGCGAUGCGGUUUCAUGCUAGACGACGUACGGGAUCCUCAUACUGAACGAAAAAGAUCGUUCCGAUCGCUCUGGGGCGGCGUAGAAAGGGCGCAGUGA